GCUUGUCGAACUUCUUUGACGUCGCAGCCGUUUCAUCAACGGGGGCGGAGCCACACCGGGACAUUUGUUAUGGAAUAUGUCGUUCGUCGGAGCAGCGAUGAUAGCCACAUCAAAGUCAAGAGUGUUGAGCCUCGCUAGGGCGUCUUCUCUCCUCAGUAACUUCCAUGUGAGCCGGCAGGUGCAGUGGCAUCCUCAGAGCCCGCAGUGUCUCUACACAGCUGGGGUGCAACGCUUCAGCAGCGCCUCAGCCCAGGAGCAACCGGUGGCGUCAAGCCCCUCAGAGGACAAGGUGCACCUCAGUGAAUCGUGUGUCAAGAGAUUAAAGGAAAUAAUGACGGCGGGCGAGUACCUGAGGAUACAUGUGGAAGGAGGAGGCUGCUCCGGCUUCCAGUACAAGUUUUCUGUUGAUAGCAACAGGAGUGAAGAUGACAGGUUGUUUGAGCGGGAGGGAGUCGGGGUCAUCGUGGAUGAGGAAAGCCUGGAGUUUGUGAAAGGAGCCACGCUGGACUACAGCCAGGAGUUGAUCCGUUCCACCUUCCAAGUACUCAAGAAUCCCCAAGCGGAUCACGGCUGCUCCUGCGGCAGCUCCUUCUCCGUCAAAUUAUGAGACCCACCCCAGUCACAGCAUAUAUGAAUUAUAUUGGAUUAUCUCAGAAUUCUUAAUUUAUUUUACCAGCGUUUCAUUUUAAUUACAAAUUAAUAAUAACAUCCUCUGACAAUCCAUAACACUGCUAGAAUACUCGCUUGCUUGGAAACGUAUUCUUUACUUAUAUAUACAAUUUUUUGAAUUGAAUGAAAGGCAAAGAUAGUGAUUCAUCACUGUGUAUGGAUCCUUGCUAUUUUGCAAAUAGUAACAUUGUCAGUGAUGCUUCUUGACAGUGGAGUUCAGUGGAGUUUUUCUGCACAGAUUUGCAAUGUCUUUACAGAACAGAGAGUAUUUUGAAGUGGUUUAUAUGAUCGAGCAUUCAAUGCUUAGAUUUAUCUUUGUAUGUAAAAAUGUAAAUAGACCAUAUCUAUGAAUAUAAAGUGUCAAGCAAUCUCA